AUGACCAUGUAAUUUUUUUUAAGUUAUUUAUUUAGAAAAAAAUCCUUAAAUUCAUAACAAUUGUAUAUUUUACUUUAUUGAUUAAUCGAGAGAAUACUUUUCAAUAAGGUUUGUAUUUAUGCGCAAUUCACUGUGCAAAGUUAAACUAUUUAUAAUACAUAGAUGCAUGAAAUAAAAAUACAAAAAAUAAAAUGAAUAUUAGUAAACUUAGGAUCGGAGAUUUGAGUUGUGACUUUGCAAAGUUUACGUAUAUAUUUUACAAGUUAUUUGAUAUUUUCUUUUUUCGUAACUAGAUCACAAGUGUUUGUGUAUUUUUGAGAAAUAUAAAGUUGCAAAAAUACAAAAAUCCAAAGUAGAGUACUUACUAGCUAGUAAUUUUGAGAAAAAUAAAUUUAUUUCGAAACUAACAAUAUUAUAUACUUUAUAUAUAAAAGUUAUAUAUUAUAUAUCUUAUAUAUAAAAGACAUACAAUAUUUUAUAAAGCAUAAAACGAAGGAAUUUACAAUAUGAAUUUUUUAAAUAUAUGUAUAUUAUUACAGUAUUAAAUAUUCAUAUGAUACAUGCUACAUUACUCUUUAUACUAUAUUAUUUUCGAAUAUCUUAGUUAACGUUCAAAUACUCGACACUUUCUAUUUGAUAGACGUAUCGUAGUCUUAAUAAUUAAUUAUUCUUAAAAGUAAGGACUAGAUAUGAGAACAGGAUUUUAACUUAUAGUUAUUUUAGUUAUUGUCGAUGAUUGACGUAAAUUUAAAGUUAAAAUUUCAAACUUUUUUUAUAAAAUACGAUUUGAUUUGUGUUUGACUUCUUCGUUAAUAUCAAUCAAAUAUUAUUGAUAAUUUGAAUUAUUCUUCUGUAUAAAUGGCGUUUGCGUUUCUCGUGAUUCUCGUUUGCCGUUACUUCCACAAUUCGUUGGCGUGAGUCUGCGUUGCGUCGUGGAUAAUUCUCUGAAAAUUGCAAAAUGUUGUCAAAUACAUUAUAUUUGUGGAUAAAAUUAAUUAUUAGUAUGUUUAGUUAGUUUGUUGACAUUUUUUUACAAAAGCGUGGAAGAUUAUUGUCGCGAGAUAAUUAAUAAUUUAAAUAUUAUUUAUCUAUAUGUCAUUCUUUGUAAAUGGACUAAAUAGCUAACUUAUUUCUUUCAUGUCAUUCUAAAACUUCUGUCUUUUUGUUAAAAAGUUUUAUCUUGUGAAUCUUUGUAGGAUUGUUGACACUUCAGAAAUUAAGACUUAAAAGUAAUUCUCUUUAAUUUAGCAGAUCAGCUGAAUCUGAUAAGGGAUUAACAAUACAGAAAUGUUCUUUUAUUACAAAAAUUGAAAAUGUAACAAACAUUAAUGAUUCAAAUACUUGAGAGUAAUGUAUAUAACGUAUAUCUAAAAGUAAACUUACAAAGAUCAACUGAAUUCGAAUUACAGAGGUAAGAUAUGCAAAUAAAUGAACGUGUGACAAAUAAUUCAAAUUAAUUCAAAUCAAAUUUAUAGGUAUUUAUUAUAGUGGAGUGCAACAGAGAGCGAAAGAAAAAUGUGUCUUACCGAAGUUCGACUCUAUUAAUGUACCUGUGAGCGGAAUGUUUUUUUCGUGGCCACAGAUGAAACGCACCAUAUAUUAAAGGAUUUACCAAACUGUUGCUCAUGCCAAAGAAAAAGAUUAUUUCCUUGAAUUCCUUGCUCGGCUGAAAAUAUCGAAGACUUUCUAAUCUUGUUUCAAUUCGUAUAUGCUGAGCAGCAACAAUGUCUCCCUUCAAUACCGAUGUGAUUACCGUAUUGAUUGAUAGAGGGACACUCACGAUCGUUUAUUAUUAUUCAAUAUGGCGACAUGUAUCCGCAUGUGUACUUUCCAUUUAACUUUAUAUUUUAUAUUAUUGUAUUAAUAAUUAUUAUCUUAUGUUUGCAUAUAUAAAAUAUGAUUAAUAACAUAUUUCGUAGGAUAAUCUUAAGUUCAUUCACUUUUUUUUUCCAAAGAAUAUUUUUGCAUAUGUGUGAUUUAUUUAUUUUCUUUUGUAUGGAUAUAUUUAUAAUAAUAGUGCUCAUUAUUUCAGGCUAAUGACUUUGAAAAGACUUAGUUUUACAACUUUUCGCAAUUUUUGAGAAAAAAUUGGAAUUUACAAUAAAUGAAACUUUAUUUAAAUAAUGAAAUUGAGGACUUCAAAAAAGUGGAGUUGAUUCAAUAUAAAAAUUAAUUAAUCCAUCAUUAUUCACGAAGAGAAGUUUUUCAAAACAUUGGAACAAUAUUUCAAUUAAUUGUAAUGUUUGUUGCUAGUCGUAUGUGUUUGUUUAUUGCAGUUAAUGAAUGCAAUGAUUACGCAAUAUUUUUGAGAGACGAACGAACUCAUUACAUAACCUAACAUUUAUAUUUACAAUAUUUUAAAAUAAGGUAAUUGAUUUUCAGUAAAUUAUUUUUCGCAAUGAUUGUCAAAUAUUAUAUUCAAAUUACUUACGUGUUCGCUAGGAUUAAAAAACAUGAAAAUGAUCAUCAUUGUAUAAUACGGAGUCCACCAAAGAAUAAAGGCAGCUACAAUAAUGAUACUGAUUUUCAACGAUUUGGCCUUUGCUCGAUGCAUUAAUUUCCUCCGGUUAAUGUUUCCGUUCACGUGACGUAUAUUAUUAUUAGUUAACUUUAAUUUAAAUAUCCUUUCGCUUCCUAAAAUUACAUAUAUAUCAUUUGCUGCUGGAUUGAAUUACUGUAUAGGUAUCAUGAAUGGACUGUGAGCUUUUAUGUAUUUAUAUUUUGUGAUGAAAAAAUAAAUAAAAAUAAAAAAGAUAGACAAAAAACGAGCAACAUAAAAUAAGCAAAAACCAUGUAUAAAAUAGACAUUGAAAUACGCAGAAUGUACAUACAUAAUGAGCAAAAUUAUAUAAAUAAGUUUAAAAUAAAAUAGACUUUAUUAAUAUAGAGUAGAGUAUUACUGAGUAGAUAUUCAAUAAUAAAGUAUAAUAAUAUUCAAUUAUUAAUCAUUUUAAAUAUCAUAUAUAAUAGUUAAAUAUUAUAUUAUUAUAUUAUUAAUAAUUUAUUAAGUAUAAUUAAUAGUAAUUAGUAAAUAGAAUAAUCAUAACUAGUAAAUAGAAUAAUCAUUUAUCUACUUUUAGGAUUUUAAAUAGUUAAUAACUCCUUGUAAUUUUUUUUUUUUUUAUAAAAGAAAAAUAUGAAUUCGCAUAAAAAUCCGCCGUCUGGCAAUGAGAAUAAAAUACUUACGAGAGAUAGUAAUUAUGGUGGAAAUGUAGGUGACGACGAGUAUAGUGAGAGGAAGAAUGAACAUAAAGAACAAAGUGAGACUCAAGGAUCUCUAAACAUGUUUGUUAGCUUGAGACUUCUAAAUAUCCUUUGGCAAUUCGAACGAUCUUGAUGGGAAAUAUUUUUCGCCGAAGGUCUCGACAAAGCUGCCUCAAUCGUGCUCGAAACAAUAUCGUUUUAUUUGUAAACGUCGAUGUUCAAUUUGUCCAUUUUACAGUAAUUGUGACAGAAGAAAAACUUUUGGCUUGUUAAAUUACAUCUUAAAAUUCCUUGUAUUUGUGUUCAAUUUUCGGGAGAAUUAGAAUCAACAGAGUCAUAGAUUAAUGAUAUACGAACCGAGCUUAGGUAAAUGAUUUUAUUGAUUUGUUAUUGAUGUCAAGGUACGCUGUUUUUCUCGUUUCGAUUAUUUUUCAUUUGCUGCGAUAUGUGUGCUACGCAUUUAAAAGAAUGACUUGUCGAAAUUUAAAGAUCGAACGUAUCUCAGUAUUAUUAAUUAUUUAUUUAUUUGUCAAACUUAUUGUGUAAAUGUUAUUCAAGAAUGAUUUGAAGACAAUUUUUCAUUUUAAAAAUUGAACGAUCCUUGUAAUAUUUUUCAGUUCAUUCUGUACGAAAUCGUAUUUUUGAUUUAUUUAUAUGUUUCUUUAAACAAACGUGAACAAAUUAAAUUUGUAAAACUGCAUCAAUGAGUAUUUCUUGCUACAGGCUAAAAAGAUAUUCGCAAUAUUAGAAAUUGUUAACAAAUUGAACUAUUUCUAUCAUGUAAUAAGUGAUUGUUAUACUCUUUAUUGUAAGAUUUUAUUCAUAUAUUUUAGAAGAAAGUCAUUGAAAUCUCUACGAAUGCAUCAUUAUGAAUCUUUUAUAAAAUUCAUGAAGAUUUUUAUGAAAAAUUUGUAUUUGAUUUUAAUAUUGAAAAUUGAAUUGACGAAUUCAGACUUCACGCAAACGACACUUUCUUAUGCACCAGCUGAAUAAUAUCAGCGAAUGACGUAUGCAGAAAUAAAAAAAUAAAAACGGACAGAAUUAUUUAAAAUAAUUUGCAAUUUAAUGAGCGUUUUCGUGUUUUUUUACGAGUGAAUAAAUUAUGUUUCGCGAAUAAAUCAACAUUUGAUAAACGAAGUAUCGCAUAUUAACUUUCGAGUAAGAAUUAAAUAUCAGGUAUCAUAGUUUAAACAAACGUUUAAAAAACUUAGAAACACUUAAUCAAUUUUCUUCUCAAUUGAAAAUGUACUUCAAAUCAUUGAGUCAACUUCGAUUUUAACGUCAUAAUUGGAAUUUAUUGAAAUAAAAAUAAAACUCACUUUUGUACCAUUAGAAACAUUUGAAUUGCUUCUGUUAUUUAACAAUACGAUUAACUUCACAGAAAGUGAAGAAAAUUGAUGAAAUGCAUUCCUGAAUUGAAAUAUGCAUUCUUUUCUAAAAUUUGUGAAAUAUAUUACUACAGGCGUAGCUUUCAAUGUAAAUAUAUCUUUGGAGUAAUGAUAUUGGCUUCUGAAAUGAAUUUGUUGAAUCUUUCAUUUAAUAAAUUAAGAAUAUCUAUUUUUAAGUUUAAAAUGUUAAGCAUUGGUCAAAUAUCUUGGCCUAAUUCAGGAUUUAAAUCAAUUAUUUAAAUCAAAGAAUUACAUCUGUUGAAUGUGAUAUAAUAAUAAUGAUAGUAAUCAUAAUAAUACAGUAAUGAUACAAUUAUUAGUUUAAAAGUAGUUUGAAAUUAAAUGUGAUUUCAAUCAUUGAUCGAUUUAUUUUACAG